AUGCGGUUCCUUCCAUUCACUUUCUUCCAGCCCAUUGCGCUUGGGCAUCUUCUCAUCUGUGCUUCUCUUGUCGUCGUGAUGAUGCUUCUCUAUCUCAUCCAGCACCACGCCAACAACAGCAACAAAAAAGAGACGAGCCUACCAGAGAAGACGACCAGUGCAACGAAAAACUCACAGCCAUCAGCGAAGAAGGAAACCGGCAGCCAGGACAAUCAACAACAGUCUGAGGGAACCCAACAGCAAGCAGUGAAGCAACUCUGCCUUCAAAACAAUGAGCCCGAUAUCACUAUUGUGGUGGGUGGUGUUGAAUUUCAAGAGUACAGUCCAAGUCUUCGAUCUUGGAGUAACUACUUUGAUCGAGUACUGGAGGAGACCCACACUACAUGCUUUCAUUUUCCCGACAGAGACCCAAAUGACUGGGAAUGGAUUGUAUCAUUCAUGGUACCCACGUCUCAUCAUCCGAAACGGAUCCCCAAAGAGAAGCUGCAUAUGGCUCUCUCCUGGUUUGUGGAACUCUGCAGCCCCAUGGGACUCGAGAAAUGCGAUCAAGCGUUGUGCCAGAGCCUACCACUGCCACCUCACCUGGAAUUUGGGGCUGAUGCCAACGAAACCAUUUCUUCCAUCAUUGCAUCGCUUCUAACCAGCAAUCAGUACGAUCUGGUCCAUUCCAAGGUCACGUGCUUGCACAUGAUCACAUCCACGCUGAUUGCACCAUCACCCCAAGGCAUGAACAAGGCAAACAUCCAGCGCAUCCUAUCCCUCAUUCAGGAGGACGAGGAUUGUCACGAGGUGCUGUUGCCGGCACUGUUUCGGCUUUUGCCAGAGUCCAUUUCCCCCGAGAAACGCACGGUUCUUUUAGACAAUGGCUUGUUGCACGAAGUCCUUUGCAUGGAGAUUGCUCGUCGAAACAGCGUCCAUCGUUGA